AUGGGUUUAUGUCACGGUUCAAACAGUUCAAUAAUUGAAAAAUCCUUAAAUCAUAAUGAAAAUCUUGACAUUUAUACAGUUAUUUGGCUUGAUAAUAGAAUAAAAAAAUCGAAAAAACAAAUUUCUAUUCAACAACAACAACAACUUCGUACAAUAAUAAAUUAUUUAAAAAUAUUUGAAAAUGAAAAUGAUUGUGAAGAAUAUAUUAAACAAAUGUCUCAAGAUGAAUAUAUUAUACUUAUUAUAAAUGAUCAAAUUGAACAAAAAUUUAUUUCACAUGUUAAUAAUUUACAACAAAUAUUUUCUAUAUAUAUUUAUUCUCAAAAUAAUAAUAUAGAUGAACAAUUAAUUAAUCAAUAUGAUAAGAUAAAAUCUAUUUGUUUAAAUUAUGAUGAACUUAUCAAACAAAUUGAAUUUGAUCAAAUCAAAUAUAAAUAUAUAAAAAAUAAAAUUUUAUUUGAUAUUUUUUAUAUUAAUAAUACAAAUAAUUCCAAUGAGAAAUUUAUAUAUUCUCAAAUUUUAAUUGAUAUUUUACUUCAAAUGGAUUCAAUGCCAAAUGAUAUAAUUGAUUUAAUAACAUUAUGUCGAAAUCAAUAUAAAGGAAAUAAAUUUCUAUUAAAUAUUCUACGUGAAUUUCAAAAAACUUAUACAUCUAAUCAUGCUAUAUGGUGGUUUACAAGAGAUACAUUUAUUUCUCAAUUAUUAAAUAAAGCUUUAAGAAUACAAAAUAUUGAUUUAAUUUUUCUUCUUCGAUUUUUUCUUCAUGAUAUUGAACAACAAUUAAAACAAUAUCUUUGUUUAACACCAGUUCAAGUUUAUAGAUAUGAAUUAAUGUCAAAUAAAGAAUUAGAAUUAUUGAAAGAUUCAAUUGGACAAUUUAUAUCAAUAAACAAUUUUCUUUUGACAAAAGUUAAUCGUGAAUCAGCACUUCCCUCUACUAAAAUAUCAUUAAAUAAUAAUGAUUUUCAUUGUGUAUUAUUCAAAAUUACAGCUGAUUGUAAUCUUGAUAAAACAAAACCAUUUGCUUAUAUUACAUCUCAAACUAGUUUUAAUAAUAAUGAAGAUGAAGUAUUAUUCAUGUUGGGAUCUAUAUUUCAACUUAAGAAUAUUUAUCAAGAUGAAAAUAACUUAUGGAUUAUUGAAAUAGUAUUAUCUAAUAGAGAAAAUAAAGAUUUAAAAUCGAUUUUUAAAAAUUAUAAAAACGAUGAUAAUAAUAAUAAUAAUAAUGAUGAUGAUGAAAUAGAUCUUUUAUCAUUUGGUUAUAUAUUACAAAAAAUGAAUAAAUUAGAUGAAGCAGAGAAGUAUUAUUCUCGUUUAUUAAAUGAAUUAUCUGAAGACGAUGAACGUAUUAGCUGUUGUCUUCUUAAUCUUGGUAAUAUAGAAUUUAUUAAAAAUAAUUACGAUUCAAGUCUUGAAUGGUUAUUAAAAUCACUUGAUAUAUCACUAAGAACAUUACAAUCAAAUGAUAUAAUUUUUGCACGUAUUUAUUAUAGUAUGGGUCAUGUAUAUAAUGAAAAAAAUGAUUUCAAAUUAGCACUUGAAUCUUAUGAUAAAGCAAUUAUUAUAUGGAAACAAUCUAUUGAUGAUUAUUAUUUAAAUAUAGCUGAAUGUAUGAAUAAUAUUGGAAUUAUUUAUAAAACAGAAAACAAUUAUUUAUUAGCUUUAGAAUGUUUUAAAAAAACAUUAACUGUUUUGGAAAAAUAUGUUUCAAAUGAUGAUUUUGAUAUAAGUAAAUCACAUUGUAAUAUUGCUAGUACAUAUAGACAACUUGGACAAUAUGAUUUAGCAUUAGAGCAUUAUAAUUUAUCGUUUAAAAUUUUACAAAAAUAUUAUUCAAUGAAUCAUCCAAAUAUUGCUAAAGCAUUGGGAAAUAUUGGUAUUGUUCAUGCUCUAAAAGGUGAGCGUCAAAAAGCAUUAUUAUAUUAUGAAAAAUCAGCCGAAAUUUAUCGACACGCAUUACCUCCAACACAUAUAAAUAAUAUUAAAAUCGAACAACUUAUACGAAAUCUUUCAUUACCACAUCGAAAACUGUCUUUUGGAACAAUUGAAUCAAGAUAA